GCAAGCAAGAAUCCAGCGGUGCAGAAAAAACAGAGUGCGUCUGUGUUACUGCUGAAAGUGACAAGUCUAAACACAGCCAUGGCAGUGAAUGAGGAAUGGGAGAAGCCUGUGGAGAGGAGAGGGAGGUUGACUGCAGUCCUGGUCCUGGCAACUCUCAUAUCUGCAUUCGGUUCAUCCUUUCAGUACGGAUAUAAUGUGGCUGUGAUCAACUCUCCUUCACCGUUCAUGCAGCAGUUCUAUAACACCACCUACCUAGAGCGAUAUGGGAGAGCGAUGGAGGAGAACUUCUUGACUCUGCUGUGGUCUCUGUCUGUGUCCAUGUACCCACUGGGAGGUUUCUUCGGCUCUCUGAUGGUGGCUCCUCUGGUCAACAAACUAGGGAGGAAGGGCACCCUCCUCUUCAACAACAUCUUCUCCAUCGUCCCUGCCGUGAUGAUGGGAGUCAGUGAGAUUGCCAAGUCUUAUGAGAUCAUCAUUGUGGCUAGAUUCAUCGUAGGCAUCUGUGCAGGUCUGUCGUCCAAUGUGGUGCCCAUGUAUCUGGGUGAACUCUCUCCUAAAAACCUGAGGGGAGCUCUUGGCAUCAUACCACAGCUCUUCAUCACCAUUGGCAUCCUCAGCGCACAAGUGCUCGGCAUCAGAAACAUACUGGGCAACAGCACAGGUUGGCCCCUCAUGCUGGGUCUGACUGGUAUUCCUGCCCUGAUAGAGCUCCUGUUUCUACCCUUCUCCCCAGAGAGCCCCAGGUACAUGCUCAUCCAAAGGGGAGAUGAGAAGACAGCAAAGAAAGCGCUGCAGCGUCUGCGCGGCUGGGACAAUGUGGACGCCGAGCUGUCCGAGAUGCAUCUGGAGGACCAGUCGGAGAAGGCUGAGGGCCGCCUGUCCGUGCUCUCCCUGCUGUCCCAGCGCUCUCUUCGCUGGCAGCUGGUCUCCAUCAUCGUCAUGAACAUGGGCCAGCAGCUGUCAGGGGUCAAUGCGAUCUACUAUUACGCAGACAGCAUUUACGCCACUGCAGGAGUCAAGCAGAAUGACAUCCAGUACGUCACCGUGGGAACCGGGGCUGUGAAUGUCUUCAUGACCAUCGCUGCUGUCUUCAUCGUGGAGGCCUCAGGGCGACGGCUGCUCCUCCUCUGUGGAUUUGGGAUCUGCUGUGGAGCCUGUGUGCUGCUCACUGUUGCUCUCAAACUCCAGGAGAGCAUGACGUGGAUGCCGUACAUCAGCAUCUCCUGUGUCAUCAUUUACGUCAUAGGCCACGCCAUAGGACCCAGCCCCAUUCCUUAUGUGGUGACUACUGAGAUGUUCAGGCAAUCAGCCAGGCCAGCUGCCUUCAUGGUCGCAGGAUCCGUCCACUGGCUCUCCAACUUCACUGUCGGCCUCGUCUUCCCCUUCCUAGAGAGAGGCCUGGGCCCUUACAGCUUCAUCAUUUUCUCCUUCAUCUGUCUGGUCACGCUGAUCUACAUCUGGCUUGUGGUCCCGGAAACCAAGAGCAAGACCUUCUUGGAGAUCUGCCAGAUGUUUGCCAGGAGAAACAAAGUGGAGAUUAAGGUGGGCGAUGGAGAGCUGGCACUGAAAGAGAGCAAAGACAGCCUGGUGGAUGCCGUGAAGGUCACGGCGUUCUGAAGACGAAUGAGCGCAUUCAGAUGACAGGAAAUCUGCGCUCUGGGUCGUGACUGUUUAUUACACAGUCUCUUAUUGUAUAGUUUGCUUGUACCUGCUGUGAAAAGACAACAAGGACAUCUGUGCAUUUCAAUGCAGGCUGUGUACUCAUGCUUGCAGCUGUACAGAGGUGUGCAUGAGUCAUUAAACAAACCAACAAAUCA